AUGCGUCAGGAUGAUGAAGAGACUCCUCUUCUGCAACAGCCGAUAGUCAAGACACCUUUGCCCUGGGAUCAAUUCUGGAUUAUAUUGUUCUUGCAGUUUCCAGACUCGCUUGUUUUUCAGACCCUUGCCCCAUUUACCCCGCAACUGAUAAGAGACAUUGGUGUGACGAACGGAAACGAAUCUCAGGUCGGACACUAUGUUGGCAUCUUGCAAUCAUCGUAUUAUACGGCUCAAGCACUGACUAUCCUCUAUUGGAGUCAACUGUCUGAUCACAUUGGACGGAAGCCUUUGAUAUUGACUGCUCUGUUCGCGAUAGCAGCCUCGAUGUUCUCGUUCGGGCUCUCGAGAACAUUUGUUGGUCUGGUGAUCAGUCGUAUUCUCUGCGGGGCAUUCAAUGGGAGCAAUGGCAUCGUCAAAAGCAUGGUAAUGGACAUUACUGACACAACCAACUUGCCGAAGGCAUUCGGCUAUAUGCCGCUCCCAUGGAUGUUAGGGGCCAUAGUCGGACCACUCAUCGGAGGAUCCCUCUCCCGACCCGCAGAUAGGUUCCCCGAAAUCUUUGGGCGAUCGGAACUUCUGAAAACCUAUCCAUACCUCUUACCAUGCGUCGUUCCAGCUAUAUUUGCCUCGGCAGCUUGGUUAGUCACAUAUUCCAGAUUCAGAGAGAGUGUUUCAACAAGAGCACCACCUCUGAGGCUGAUCAAAGGAUGGUUAUUGCAACAGUCCGAUCCAAAUUUUCCCAUGCCAUCGAACAAUGCUUCGACUAGUUCUGCGGAAGCAAACUCUGCUGGAGUUUUAUUAAGACCACUCCCAUUGCGUGCCUCGCUAACGCCAAGAGUCCUGACUGUAACAGCAAGCUAUGUCGCCAUGGCUGUAUUCUAUAUGGCGUUUAACUCGAUCCUUCCUCUGUUCUAUGCAACACCCAUUGAACUCGGCGGUCUUUCCCUUGAUCCUCCCCUCAUCGGCGCUAUACUGUCGGUAUCAGGUAUCGCACAUGGUGCAUUCCAGCUACUUUUCUACGCCCGUCUACAUGAUCACUUUGGCGCAGGAGCCAUUCAUACCACCGGUGUUAGCUCUGGCAUACCUAUCGUUGUUUUAUUCCCAGUGAUCAAUGCUCUAGCGCGAGUCCAGGGAAUGAGUUUGGCGGUGUGGUUGUGUGUUGCCGCUCAACAUGUGCUAACGACUAGCUUGAUGAUGUGCAAUCCUUGCUUGGCAUUAUUUAUCAGAGCAGCUGCUCCCAAUCGCGCCUCGCUUGGGGCAACCAAUGGAAUUGCCCAGAUGGUUGCUGCAGGAGCAAGGAUGAUUGCCCCAGCAUCUGCGACUUCGGUUUUCUCUUAUUCGUUGCAGGAAGGCCAUGAUGCGUGGCUGGUUUACUACUUCCUGAUGGUAAUUGCAUUUCUCGCUAUAAGUACUUCUCUAUUGCUUCCUCGUGAUCCUAGUGUGUGGAAAAAUUGCUAG